AUGCGGUUCGUUAGCAUCUUGGUACCCUUCUUCGCCACCGUUCUUCAAUUCAGCUUUUCUUGUGCGGCACCUACGCCCACUGAGGACGGCAUCGAUCUCCAGCAGCGAGAUUCGAUCCUCAACAUCCUCAAUGACUUGAAUUCUGUCGCGUCGGGCGUCGCGAGCGGAGAUGUUGUCGACAACCUUCUUGAGGACCUGAAACUGGUCACUGCGACGGCCGCUCCAACAUCACCGCAGCAAGCUAUCUCCACGUUGUCGCACAUCCUCGAAGCGACUCCAACACCGUCCAACAUCUACGCCUUUGUCGGCAAUCUCGUAGCUGCCGGACUAACCACUGAGAAUGUGAACUCGGUGGUUGGCUUCGUGGAUGGUCUGUUGACCGGCGACAACAGCGAAACAAAUGUGGACCUCGCAAUACCGUCGAUACCGGUCUUACCAAAGGCAGACUUCCGCGAUGCACCAUACUCGCAGUCGGAAGCGCAGCUCCGUGGUGCUAUUCACAUUCCCUCUUCCUUCCAGUAUGGCCGUGCUGGCGCGCCCCAACCUAUCAUUCUGGUUCCUGGAACUGGCAACACGGGUUACAUCAACUUCGUCGGGAACUACAUCCCUCUCCUGCAGAACAGCAAGAUAGCCGAUCCAGUCUGGCUCAACAUCCCAGGUUACCAGCUCAACGAUGCCCAGGUGAAUGCAGAGUACGUGGCGUACGCAAUCAACUACAUCUACGGCAUCAGCAGGCAGCGAAAGAUUGCCGUUCUCACAUGGUCUCAAGGCGGCCUUAGUGCACAAUGGGCGAACAAGUACUGGCCAUCCACGAGGAGUAAGAUCACUGAUAUUGUUGCGUUCUCGCCAGACUACCAUGGUACCAUCUUCGCAAACUUCGCAGCGACCCCAGACAUUCCUCUGCCGCCAGCUUUCUUGUCGCAAGAAUACAAUUCAAACUUCAUCAAGACGUUACGAUCGAAUGGCGGCGAUUCGGCAUAUGUUACGACGACUACUAUAUACAGCGGCUUCUUCGACGAGAUCGUCGAGCCUCAACAAGGGACCGCCGCUUCAGCAUAUCUCCUGGAUGCUCGCCAAGUCGGCGUAACGAACAAUGAGGUCCAAACGAUCUGUCCCGGCCAGCCUGCAGGCUCUUUCUAUACUCACGAGGGGACCCUUUACAAUCCCAUCGGAUAUGCUCUCCUCGUCGACGCUCUUUCACAUGACGGGCCAGGACAGGUCUCUCGGAUCGAUUUGAACAGCAUCUGUGGACAAUACUUGACUUCAGGGCUGGACCUCUCCGAUUUGCUUUUGACAGAGAACUCUAUUCUCACUGCUGCGGUGACGACGCUGCUGUAUCCGGAUAGCACAACUGUGGAGCCGGCGAUUAAAGCAUACGCUAAGUAG